CGGAAAGUGAAGCUGGUGUUCAGUGUAGACGAAGCUGGUCUCAUGUCAGCUAAUGGCUCAGAGGAGACGGACAGAGUAAAGUCUUCAGUUUUUCCCCUUUCGGAAAAGUCUUCAACGGUCACUUUCAUACACUUUUUUUUAAUAUCGGGACACGGUGCGCAGCAGCAACGCCCCGGGGGCUGAGUGGGGUAGGAGCUGUGUGGGAUGAUGGGUGCCUUGCCUUGUAGAGAAAUCAAGCACUCACUAUGUCUGACGGGGACUAUGAUUACCUCAUCAAAUUCCUAGCCCUUGGUGACUCUGGUGUGGGAAAAACAAGCUUCCUCUACCAAUAUACAGAUGGCAAGUUUAACUCCAAGUUCAUCACUACAGUUGGAAUAGACUUCAGAGAAAAAAGAGUGGUUUACAAAUCAGCAAAUCCAGAUGGAUCUUCAGGUAGAGCGCAGAAGAUCCACAUGCAGCUGUGGGACACUGCAGGACAGGAGAGGUUUCGGAGUUUGACGACAGCGUUCUUCAGAGAUGCAAUGGGUUUCCUCCUCCUAUUUGACCUCACAAAUGAACAAAGUUUCCUCAACGUCAGAAACUGGAUGAGUCAGUUACAGAUUCACGCCUAUUGCGAAAGUCCAGACGUGAUUCUAUGUGGCAACAAGUGUGACCUGACAGAUCAGAGAGCAGUGAGUGAAGGAGAAGCCCGUGAGCUGGCAGAGAAGUAUGGAAUACCAUACUUUGAGACAAGUGCUGCAAACGGGCAGAAUGUCAACCAGGCCGUGGAUGUCCUGCUGGAUCUUAUCAUGAAGAGGAUGGAACGAUGUGUCGACAAGUCCUGGAUCCCUGAUGGGACUGUCCGAGUUAAUGGACCCACCAACCCGGACACAUCAGAGGGUUCUGAUAAUAGCAAAUGUGCAUGUUAGAAUGAUGAUGAGAGAUUGUGGUUCAAUAUCUGUGUCCAUAAUAGUGGUGAAAAAAUAGGAAGACAACCAAGUUUAACAGUGGGAGUAUGUAUAUGUACAUGUAUUAUAUAUACACACAGUAUAGUGUUCUAUGUUGGUGAAACUUGACAUUAUUUGUGUCCGUUGCCCCACAAACCAGUGCAUUACUAAUAUACUGUCAUUGACAUGCUGUUUUUUGUCAGUAUAGAGUUAAGUGCCUUUUGAAUAUGGGCAUUUCAUUUCAAUUCAUAUCAUUUGACUUCUGAAUAAUUCAUUCAUAUUGGAGUGUGGGAUAUUUAUUUGUUGUGAUGCACGGCUGAAGUGCCCAGCUUUCGUCAUCAGCUGGGCAUGCUGAUCAUAUUUUCAGGUAUACAUUUUGUGCUCCCAAGUCGCAGCAAAGUGAGCUGCCCUGCCUGAUGUGCUAUAAAUAUGCUGUUAAUGCUCUGUACUUGCUGCAAGAUUAGCGUAGAUUCACACUGCAAUUUUACUCAAGCCACUUCUCUUUCUACAGUCAGAUAAAUGUUGACUGAGACACUUGCAGUCAUGGCGUGUUGGUGGAGAGAAAUUUGCUAUGGAUGUAUUUUUAAGAAACUUUAGGUAACCAGUUAUGUACUACUGAUGAUCUAUUGAAUGUCCAGCUGCAAUCUAAGCAUUGCACAGCCAGAAAAAAAAAUACAGCUCACAUUGACCAUCCAACGUCAGCAAGAUGGACAAUUGACACUUUUCACUUUAUUUUCUUUUCUAAAUCAAUGUUUGUGCUUGUUUGCCACCAAAACAUACAGUUUGACUUGAUAGGUUUGGCCAAUAACUACAAACAUUGAUGACAUAUGUCAUAAAAAGCAAAAGUACAAACUGAGCACUAACUCUAGGGUAGUUUAUCCUGCUGUAUAACAGACCCAUGGAAAAAAAUAGAAAUGCAGAUUAUUACUGUAGCUUUUGUGCAUAUUUCGACUAAAAUUCAAUUUUGGAGGCAGCUAGUGAAGAUAGCACAGUUCAGUUUCAAUUCAGUGCUUCAGGUUAAAAAAAAAAAAAAAUCAGCAGCUACUGAAAAACCAUCAAGACAACUAUACACAAAUGGUUCCUGCAUCCGUCCGAUUAAAUACAUACACAUUCAAACAAGUAUUGCCCCUAAUAACAAGAUUUAAGACUGUGGAGCAGAAGUUCCAUCUUCAGUCCUGAAGUAGUUUCAUGACUCUCCUCUGCAGCCCCCACAGAGUCAAACUUGGUGCACAUUAAGUAACACCACCUAUAGUAAGGCUCAUUAUUAUCUUUAGUCAUGCCUACUGUUUUGAAUUUUAGAUCUUUUAUAGUUAACAGGAUUUAACUUAGGUGAGAUACGUGCACCUUAUGCGCAGGUCCCAGAAUGAUACUAAAUGAAUAUUAGUUAUUCCAAGGGUUCCCACAGAUUUUCAUAGUGGAGGUUGUGGGCCGCCUUGCCUGAAACAAAGACCAUCUCUGCCACUGUCAUAAAGGAUGUAUACACUGUCAUGAAAUAAAACAUUGAACUUCAGGGGAAAUAAGCAGCACAGCAAAUGCAAAAUUUUUAAUGGGUGUGGAUAUUGUUUAGGCCGUCAUGUCCUAUUGUAAUUAUAUAUUUUACAAAAUUCCAGUAUUUCCACUUGAUAAGACACUUUGUAUCCCAACUGUAAUUGUUUUAUGCACAGAUCCACAUUAUUUGUAUUACGCUGUCAUGCUUUCCUAUAUAAAAGGGUCAAUGUGAUUUUUUAGUUAAGACACAUGAGUAUAUUUUUCCACUGUUUCAACCUACAGAUUUAAAAAUCUAUUACUUCAAUCGAAUUUGAUCAUAUUAGUAAGACAAAAAUAAAAUGUUUCAUAUUUUGAAUUGUGCCAUACAGUUUCAUAUGCAAAAUAUGUAAUUUAUGUCCAAAAAUAAACAUUUUUAUUUAUGUACUGUA